GUCCUCGACUCCCUAGUCGCCUCAAAUGGGCAAUGACGCCUUGCAUUGUACGCUAAGAGGUUGCUAUUACGGGAUACACUCCAGAUCAUGGAGGUGGCUUUUGUUGAUUGGCUAAUCCACUUUCAGAAUCGCAAGUUGUUGCCGACCACAUGGAUUUGUGCUGCCUGCCAGAGAGGUGAUGAGUUCGAUUGUCGGCAGUAUGGACCGAUAUACACUCAAGCGAUGCUCUGAUAGGCUGGCGGUGGUAGACUGCAUCUUCCGGGUAUCACCAUGGGGCGGGCAAAGACCGGGUUUGAGCGUACUUGACCGUUCUCGAUUACGGACUGUACUCGUAGAUGAAAUCUCUCGGAAGAACCCCCCGCAAGAAAAGACGUCUUUGAUCAUAUAAAAGACAAUGGUUUACCCCCAUCCUUCCACCCGCCAUCUCUCUCCCACACAUAACAUUAUCAACUUGCAACAAUGGCCCAAAGCAAAUCCCCUCAGACGUACCGUAUCGCCGCUGUCCAAGCCGAAUCUGCCUGGCUUGACCUCGAAGCUGGUGUCGACAAGACUUGUGCCAUCAUCAAGGAGGCUGGCGAGAAAGGCGUCGAUGUAGUCGGUUUCCCAGAGACCUUCGUCCCCGGGUUCCCCUUUUCAAUCUACACCAGCGCUCCCGAUCAAGAGUUUGUGCUCCAAUACCAGAAGAACUCUAUGGUCGUAGGGUCGCCCGAGUACAACAAGAUCCGAAGGGCCGUUCGCGACGCAGGCAUCUGGGCAGUUGUCGGGUUCUCUGAGAGGGCCGGCUCUACUCUCUACCUCGCUCAGUCUUUCAUCAAUCCCCAAGGCGAAGUUGCACACCACCGACGCAAGCUCAAGCCUACUCACGUUGAGCGAUACCUCUUUGGCGACGGCAUGGCCGAAGACACCAAGUUUACUACUACCACCGACUACGGUCUCGUGAUUGGCGGCAUGAACUGCUGGGAGCACCUUCAACCUUUGUGGAGGUAUUACGAGUACGCUCAGGGCGCACAAGUCCAUGUCGCUUCUUGGCCUUACCUGGCCCGCGCCAAGCCAGGUGUCCCAAACUCGUCUUCCGCCGAGGUAUCCGGCGACUGUAUCACUCGUAUGGCGGCUGUCGAGGGCGGCUGCUUCACCAUGGCUUGCACUGCCACCAUCAGCAAGGCAGGUUCCAAGAUCAUGAAGGUGCCCACUUCCUUAGGAGGCCCGGCGGCCACUCCAAUUGAAGGUGGAGGAUUUGCCGCCAUCUACCAUCCUUCAGGGGAGAAGAUUGCGCAGAGCAAAGACGAGUUUAGCGAGGAGCUUGUGAUUGCCGACAUUGAUCUCGACGAUCUUCACCGUCACAAGCAGAUGGCUGACUGCGUUGGUCACUACUCGAGGCCCGAUCUGUUCCACCUCGUUGUCAACAAUGAGACCAUGCCUCGAGUCAAGCUCGCCGACGGCAGCAAUAUGCACGAUGUCACCAAGAAUAUCAUGCCUUUGGACGACUGAGCUCGGCGUGUAUCAUGGUAUCCAGAUAGUAGUAUAGAAGUGUGAGAAGUAGCAGAAUGCAAGAGAUCUAUGACAUGUU